AUGAAUUGGAUUCUAAGAUUAGCUCUGCUCGGCCUCGUUACUGGGCAUGACAACCACGAUGCCUGGGAAAACUGGACUGCACACGAACAUUGGCCACCGGGAGAACUUAAUUGUUGGCAUGGCUUUCGCACGUUUGAUCCAUUGACGCAACAAAGAGUCUAUCGUAUUGGUGUACAUGCUCCCGCGGGUGUCGAGACAGCUUUGCGGGAGUAUAAUCUUACCUUUACGACCUACUUGAAUGCCGUUGUGGGGAAAAGAUUCAAACCCAACAUUGAAUUCACAAUGCAUGCCACUAGUGAUCCAUUGCAAGAUUGGGUCGACGGCGGAGACACUAGUGUCGACUUUAUGUAUUCGGAUACAGGGAUUUAUUCCUGUAUUGCGACGGAAAUUGGAGCACAACCCAUUGGGACCACAGUAGCUCAUCAGUCUGCCAGAGGAAGGGAUUAUGCGCUUGAUCAAUUUGCGGGGACCAUGCUGGUACUUUCAAGCAAUGAAGAAAUUGAAGAUGUCGAAGACCUCAGGGGCAAGAUAAUUGCGGCGCAGUCAUUCUCUGACUUCGCGGGUGCACAAGCUCAGUUCUUUGUAAUGGGUGAAGAAGGCUUGGAUUUUGUCGUGGAUCCGAAGCAAGUCAUCUUUACUGGAAACAAUGACGACAUCGUCAAGGGAGUCUUAAAUGGGACAUGGGAUGUUGGCUUCGUACGCACAGGACAAGUUGAGAGAACAGUUGACACAAAAACUGGCGACCUUGUUAACCCUGACCUUUUCAAGGUCAUCUCGCCAAGGAUUCACAUCCUAGACGAGGGUGAAAUAUUUCCGUUCCUUCACUCCACUCCUGUAUUUCCAGAGUGGCCCUUGUAUGUGAAACCGGGAAUUUCUCGCAUCGUUUCAGAAGAGGUAGCGGGUGCAAUGAUCAACUUUGAGUACCAUUACUUUGUAGGAGACGCCAUCAAACGCUGCAAGGAAGCAGCAAAUUCGACGGCAGAAAUGGAUAUAUGCAACACGAUGCCACCAGUCUAUUUCGAUCCUUUAGCGAGAUGUGACACUACAAGAGAGUUGGCAGAUCUCGCCCUCCAGGCAGGGAAAGCUGGGUUUCAUACAGGAUUUCGACCUCCACGUUCCUACUUCGGGGUUCGAACGAUGCAACAAGAUGCAGGUUUUAUUGUUGAAGAAGAAACUGGUGAUGGCAAAUGGCACUGUGAAAGAGCUGCUUCUCUCUACGAUGGGAUCCGCUGUCCCGACGGAUUCUAUAAAGUUCCUGAGAAUGCUUUUAAGAAGCAGUGCGACGUGCUUGGUCUUCCAUGUCCCCAGGAGUACUCCUGUUUUUGUAGCCCGUGCAUCGAGGCAUUUGAAGUGAACGUUUUCCCAUGGCACAACGAUACUACGGAAGAAUUCCUCUUUAGUCUUGAAAAUGGUUGCGACAAAAUGUCUCUGUGCUCGAGUGUGGAGCAGAGAACCCCUGCAAUCUUCCGAGCAUACGACAAUCGACAGCGGUACAACGCUACCCUGUCCGCUUUGCUGCACAUAGGGCAGCAAUCAACUUGGCUUCAUGUCACCGUACUAGAGGAUUUCCUGUACGAAUUCAGCUUCACUCAGCUCCAAAGAGGAGUUGCAAUCGUGGAAGUUUAUGUGGAUGAAGUUCAGAUCCCAGAGUCUCCAUUUAGAGUUGAGAUUAUUGAUAGGGACUGUGACAUUGACUUCCAUGCCCAGAACAUGGCACCUGACGAGAAUGGAAUCUGUCAGUGUUCAUCAGGAACAAUUGAAAUCGGCAGGGAUUGUAUCGAAUCUGGUACCUUUGCCGCAAUUGCGUCGUCCGUUGCAGUUGUGAUACUUGCCCAGUUCUUCUUUUGCUACGUACGAUGGAGGAGAAAGAAAAAUGAUGAAGUAUGGCAAGUCAAUCAUGAGGAACUACACUUCAACCAUCCAGUUGAGAUUAUAGGACAAGGUGCAUUCGGUGUCGUCCUUCUCGCCGAGUACCGUGGAACCAAAGUCGCAAUUAAAAGGGUUCUGCCAAUGCAGAAAGUCAAGUCUAGGAGCGGUUCCAUGAGCAUGGGGAAAGGUCAAGAAACAAAUCAAGAUACAAGCGAAGAGGAUGUUGAGAACCAAGCUGAUUCAAAGUCUUCUCCUGCUGUUGAGGAUUCGUCGUUGGGAGCAAGGCGCGGAAGCCUAACUUCAGGUAGCAGGACUUCUUCCAAUGAACUUGAUUUCUUGGGUGGUCUCAGCAUUGGAAACAAGAAAACACUUCUCCGGCGUUUGUUUCCGUACCUUUUCCCUGAUGAAACCUCUCGGUACAACCUGAAUGUCCUAGGAACUGCUUCAGGUGGUUCGACUACUACUAAGUCUGUGUUGAGGAUGUGUCUCCCACACUGCGAUGAGGCCACUCGCCGACAAAAUGAAUUCAUGGCAGAAAUGAGACUUCUCUCGAGACUCCGUCAUCCAUGCAUUACAACGGUGAUGGGAGCUGUUGUCACUGGCAAUGAGCCAAUGAUGGUGAUGGAAUUCAUGGAAAAUGGUUCUUUAUACGAUCUCUUAAGAAACGAAACACUCUACACUGGAGGAGAAAUCAUUAUCCAGAUUGUUCGCGACGUUGCCCAAGGUCUGCGCUUCCUACAUGCGUCGAAGCCACCCAUCCUUCAUGGAGACUUGAAGGCGAAGAAUAUCCUCAUUGAUAGCAGGUUUCGAGCCAAAGUGGCUGACUUUGGAUUGGCUACAAAAAAUAAUGGGCAACUGACUGGCACACCUUUCUGGAUGGCACCAGAAUACUUGAGACGGAAAUCUGAGUACACUACUUCUUGUGAUAUCUAUGCAUUCGGAAUGAUGAUGUAUGAGAUCUACAGUCGUAAGAUACCAUACGAAGGGGAACAUCCUAGAAAGAUCCUCCGCAAGGUCUGUGAUCCCAGGAUCAACUAUAGGCCCGGAAUUCCUGGUACAUGUCCAAAGAAGAUGUCAGAAGUCAUGCAGAAGUGUUGGAGUAGCGAUCCUUUCUUCCGCCCCGAGGCGAAGGACUUGGAUAUGGUUUUUGCGGAUAUGAGUGCGAAUGAUGGAGAACCAUUGAUAGACGAAGCCAAUACUCGUCUUAGAAAGAUUGUUGCGACCGGUGACAUGCUAUAUAAGGUAUUCCCAAAGAAAGUGGCAGACCAACUCAAGGUUGGACAAAAGGUGGAGCCUGAGACGCAUGACAAUGUAACAAUAUUCUUCAGCGAUAUUGUCCGCUUUACAGAUAUCUCUCGGGCGCUGACUCCUUUUAAAGUGUGUAACUUGCUGGAUCGGUUGUACAUGGAGUUUGAUCGACUUUCGAGCGAACACCAUGUGUUCAAAGUUGAGACCAUUGGGGAUGCGUGGAUGGGCGUCACAAACCUCGAGGGAGAUCAAAACGAUACUCAUGUUGCCCGAAUUGCAAGGUUUGCAGUCGACGCUGUUAGGGCAGCAAGCAAGAUUGUUAUAGACGAAGAUGACCCCAGAGCAGGUUGCGUGCACAUACGUGUUGGCUUCCAUUCCGGGCAGGUUGUCAGCAAUGUGAUUGGAUCAUUGAAUCCUCGCUAUGGACUCUUUGGAGACACUGUGAAUACUGCCUCUCGCAUGGAAAGUCUCUCAGUGAGCGACAUGAUUCAGUGCUCCGAUAUCUCUGCAAAAUUGCUCCGUGAUCAGGCGCCAAACCUUCCAAUUCGAAGACGUGGAAAGGUGGCUGUGAAGGGGAAGGGAAACAUGACAACAUAUUGGAUUGGCGAAACAGCACCUAAGACCAAGGUCAAGAAGGCACCGAAAAAGGUCUUUGAUGAUGAGAAAGUUGUUGCAUUUAAGGAUUCUCCUCUUUCGGCACAACCGACAACGCCAAGAAAACUGAUGCAGGUGCAGUCAAGUGGGGACUUAGAAGGUCCUGAUCUUCUCAACAUGUCAGAUAGCAAAGGUUUUCUCAAGAGUGAUGGCUCAGCAUGCAAAUAUAAGCGAUCCUUGUCGCAGUAG